AGUCCGGCGGCCCAGCCCGGCCCCGGCAGGCGUUGGCCCGCAUGGAGGGGGCUGCGGAGCCCCAGGCGCCCGACCUGCGAGACCUGGAGGGCAAGGUGGGCAGGAAGACCCCCGAGGGGCUGCUGCGCGGACUUCGCGGCGAGUGGGAGCUGGGACCCUCGGGACCCCCGACGCUCCCGGGGGCGCCCGGCGCGGCCCAAGGCCUGGGGGGCAAGAUCCUGGCCCUGAGGAUGGAGCUGGCUUACCUGCGAGCCAUCGACGUGAAGAUCCUGCAGCAGCUGGUGACCUUGAACGAGGGCAUCGAGGCGGUGCGGUGGCUGUUGGAGGAACGGGGCACGGUGACCAGCCGCUGCAGCAGCCUUACCAGCAGCCAGUGCAGCCUGACGGGCGGGAGCCCCGGCCGCUCGCGGCGAGGCAGCUGGGACAGCCUGCCGGACGCUAGCUCUGGCGACCGGCUGGACAGUGUCUCCAUCGGCAGCUUCCUGGACACAGUGACCCCGAAUGAGCUGGAGGAGCAGGCCCCCCUGGGGGUGCCUCGCUCCGAGAGGGACUGGGCGAAGGUGCUACCGAGCGGGGAGAGGGCCAGGACUGAGGUGGAGCUGACAGCCACCAAGCUGGGGAGCUUGAGGGCCGCAUGGACGCUCCCGGGCGAGGGGCAGCCAGCUGGGGCUGCCGAGCCCCCCGAGGAGGAGCAGGCCAAGCUGGGCUUCGAGGCCCAGUGGUACUGGGAGCAGUGCCAGGAUGAUGUGACCUUCCUAUAAGCGUGUGGCCCUUCCAUCACUCAGCCCUGACCUCCCUCACAUCUC